AUGGCAUCACAUGAAGCCAACGUCGCGACCUGCGAAUCCAUCAUUCAAUAUGUCUUCAUUGACAAACGCCUUUGUCUCGAAGCAAUUCAAGCGUCUGGUCAUGUGCUCCAAUGGCAACACAACUUCACCCGCGUGAGCAAAAACGACAGGCUGGCUGUUCUCGGAGAUGUUGUGACCAAAGCUCAUCUGUGCGAAAAAUGGUUUGCCACAGGUCGAAGCAAAGGUCAAUGGACGCAGGCAGAGCAGGCUUUGCUAUCGAAUGCUAAGCUGAGCACCGUUGGCUACGACCACGGCCUGCAGGACUGCGUCAUUUUAAAUGAGGGCACGCCAUCUGUCUCUCCAAAAACCAUGGCAACUACCGUGGAAGCUAUUUUCGGUGCUGUCUUCCUCGACGGCGGAUUUCGUGCACUCGGUGCAGUUCUUGUCACCUUGGGCCUGGCACAUGCUUUCCUUGAACUGGUAAUGUCAAAUUUCACUCCCUGUUUCUUUGAAGGAUACGACACUUCUGUCUAG